AUGCAAUAGUGUUAUUGUGUUUGUACUAUGUUUUCUUCGUAUGUUUUUAUUUUGUUGAUUUACAACAUAUCCAGUUUUUAUAGAGCAUUGAAGACCAAACCUAUAGAAAACAUCAAGUGUUUUAGUUUUGAUUUCUAGCAGAGCCUGAGAUUAGAUCCUUGUGGAGUGAUUUAGUGAGCAAGUGUCCUCAGGAGAAGAGCCUGGAGUCAUUAGGACAGGACAGGGGAUCCAGCUCAGCAAGGGUGUGUCUUAGCUGGAGACAAGCUUCCAACUGAUCCCACAAAACAGUUCUAGGGCAACCCUGUCCAAUAGAAAUAUAUUGCAUGCCAUAUAGGUAAUUUUAAAUUUUCUAGUAGCCACAUUUAAAAAGGUAAAAAGAAACAGAUGGUUUAGACACAUUUUAUUUGAACCAAUGCAUCCAAAAUAUUGUCAUUUAAGCAUGUAUCAAUGUUAAACAUAUUGAUGAGAUAUCUUAUGUUCUUCCUAUGUACCAAAUCUGAAAUCCAGCGUGUGAACAGCAUAUCUCAUUUCACAUGCUCAACAGUCACGUGCAGCUAAUGAAGACCAUAUCCAAGGGCACACUAUAGAGCAGUGGUCCCCAACCAGAACUCUACACCCACAGAGUCUAAAGUUGUGCACAUGGAAAGUAUCAAUUCCCUGAAUGUGAAUGAUAAUGAGUUGCUGCUUCCAGUUGUCUGCAUUAGACACAUAUAUUUCACAUAUUAAGGACUCAGCACCAUGUAAUGGCCAUUUAAGUAUAUAUUGCAUAUUGAAGGAUAGUACUCCAUCCCCUUGCAGGGUGUCACAUUCAAGCUCAUGACUCACUGCAUUUACAAAGCACUAUUUUAUCACAUUUCAUGGUUCUGCAUACUGUGGGAGGUGGUAGGACUAAGAGAUUUCUUGGUCAUAUGCCCACUGCUUUACCUCCUUUGCUGUACAAUGGAUUCCUUGGAAUGAGGUGCUGUUAUGCAGGAUCCUAAUAGUGUAGAAAUUCUUUGAGUUUUUGGUAAUAGUACUUGCUGAAAUACUACAGACAGGAAAGGCAGGUGCUAACUUGGAAUAUGUGUCUAUCCUGUCCAAGAUUACAUAUUAGUUGGAAGAAUGGAAGGGAUCUGAUAUGACCAGUUUUUCAGCAGCUACUAGCUGAUACAGACCUUCUGGGAGAUAGUGUCCGCAUUGGUCCCUGAUGACGGUGUGACAGACAUUUGGCAGCAGCUAUAGCAAAGUCACUUUUGACAAGAGGAAUCUUGUGCUAUUGGGCCCAUUGAUAGUUUCCAUCUCUGGCAUUGUGGCUACUCCGUAUGAACACAUCACAUAAACACUGGGUCAACUGAGGACAGAACCUGACUAACAUUUACUUUUUUUUUUUUUUUUUUUAAGAGAGGGCACCAAGCAAAAUCAUCUUGUCUACUUGCUUGAUGGGUGUCUCUUUGGCAGCAGAUGCUUCUGGCGGGCAUUAACAUGUUUUAGAAAGAUAUUUGCACUUUGUUUUAACUCUCAUGCCUUCUCCCAUGCAUCUCAUCCACUUGCCUCUCCCCAAACCACUUUGAAUCCAAUAUAGCAAUCUUGUUCUUUCCAGGCCUCUGCCCAACAAUUCAGCACUACCCAUGGUGUACCCUUACCUCAAGCCACAUCUCUUUCCACACAAAGUGGAUGGCCAGAUACGUUACCUGAAUCUCUGUCCAUUGGACUACAGAGAAGCAGCCAUUCAUGUUUGGUGUGUACCCAAAUUCCUAGCAGACUCAUUCAUGGACAAAGCUGGAGCUUUCUUUAUUUGCCUUUGCUUUUGCCCACCCACCCUCUGCUGCCAUGAGGCUACAGGUGUGAGGUGAAGGAAAGGUAUAUGUUCACCAAUGGCAGGUGACAUGAGAGUACAGUCCAUCAGCUCAUGCAACUUACUUGUGACCUACGGACCUGCUCAUGUUUGAUACUGGGUGUACCCAGUCUGCUUUACUGUGGAUUAUAGCUAGGCCCACCUUUGACUUGGUGUAUCUGAGAGUACACAUGAUGAGUAUUUUUAUCUGUGGAGACUUGAUGACCCACAGUCAGAUGCUCAGACUCUGCUAUGACCCAGUAGAGUAUUAGGAACUGCUUUACAAAUGCUCCAUUUAGUACUUUGUUGCAGAUGACAUGGCUUGUUCUAAACCUUAGAGGUCUAGGUACAACUCUCCUGUUGUAGCUUACCCAAGGCUUCACAUGGUAUCUGUCUCUGCUAAAGACACUUCUAGAAAUAUGUCCAAGCAGCAGGAUUGCUGCCACACAGCCUGGAACUGCCACAGAGCUUUCUUGUGUGCUGUACUCAGAACAAGCAGCCCUUGUUGUCACAAGAAAAUUGGAUUGUGGUAGCAUUACCAGUGUGACAUAUGCUCAAUUAAAUGAUGUUCUAAAAAUAUUAAUUACAAAUGCAAUUGUUAAAUAUAUAUUGACACACAUUCUCUUGGUAUCUCUUAAGGUAGGAUUUCUCACCCUCAGCACCAUUCACAUUUUGGGCCAGAUGGUUCUUUGCUGCGAGGAGUGUCCUGAGGAUGUUUAACAGCAUCCCUAGCUUUUACCUACUAGAUUCCAGCUGCACCCACACCAGUGAAGAAAACCAAAAAUGUCUCCAAAUAUUGCCAAGUGGGGGCCAAACGAGCUCAGAUUUUAUGCAAUAGAACUCAGUGGGACACCUGGGACUCUGAGGCCUUAAAAUAUAAAUAUGAAUUUGGAUUCCAUUCGUAGAUUAAUUGAGGAAACACAAAUCUUUCAGAUGCAGCAUUCAUCCAUGAAACCACACUGUGACAUGGUAGCACCUUCCUCAGCCCCCAGGAAUACCUGUAAUUCCUGUUUCUCACUUUAUGGGCUACAAUCUCAUGCUGCCCACAAUUUCUGUGCUCGCUCAUGUAACACCAACGAAUGGGAUAUUUGUGAAGAACUUCGCCUGCGAGAACUUAAAGAGGUCAAGGCCAGAGCCGCUCAGAUGGAAAAGACUAUGCGGUGGUGGUCAGACUGCACUGCCAAUUGGAGAGAAAAAUGGAGCAAAGUUCGAGCCGAAAGGAACAGUGCCAGGGAGGAAGGAAGACAACUCAGAAUAAAAUUAGAGAUGACAAUGAAAGAAUUGAGUACACUGAAAAAAAAGCAAAGUUUGCCACCUCAAAAAGAGGCAUUAGAAGCUAAAGUUACCCAGGACCUGAAACUUCCUAGUUUUGUAGAAGACUCCUUUGAACAUAGAGACCAAUUUCUACUUAAUUCACAAAUGUGCGAGUCUAUCAGAGGGAGUUUGGUAAAAAUACAAUUUCCUACAAAAGAAAUCACAAAUAAUAAGGAAGAAGGAGUGGUUGUUGAUCCAUUAAAAUUAAGUAAAGAGAUGAAACCCAAUCUAGAUUGUGUUGAUUUAUUCAAGAAUGAUGGUUCUGGACAUGGUGUAAUGAAACCUGGGCUGAGACUGCAAGCAAUAAAUCUGCCUUUGGAAAAUGAAGUAACUGAAAUUUCAGCUUUGCAGGUACAUUUGGAUGAAUUCCAAAAAGUCUUAUGGAAGGAAAGAGAAAUGCGCACAGCUUUGGAAAAAGAAGUAGAACGACUGGAGUCAGCUUUGUCUCUGUGGAAAUGGAAGUAUGAAGAACUAAAAGAAUUGAAGCCACAAAAUGUGAAAGAGUCUGACAUUCUUCAAAAUCAACAUGAAAAUGAAAUGGAAGAAAUAUCAGGAGAUAUAAAGGAAGAAUCUAAAUCUCAAAACAGCAAGGAUAGAGUGAUUUAUGAAUUAAGAAUGGAGCUAGAGAGAUUGCAGGCUGAAAAUGCCUUGGAGUGGGAGAAGAGGGAAAUACUUGAAACAGAAAAACAAGGUCUGGAGAGAGAAAAUAGAAGGCUCAAGAUCCGGGUAAAAGAAAUGGAAGAGCUCCUGGAUAGGAAAGAUGGAUUAAGUGAAAACUCUCAAGAUCCUGAUUUCAAGAUUUCACAAAUUGAUCUGCAAGAGAAAAACAAGGAACUCUUGAAUCUUCAACAUGCCUACUAUAAACUAAGCAGACAAUACCAGACAACAAAUGCAGAACUGACUCACGCAAACCAUCGUGCGGCUCAAGAUGAGGCAGAAGUAAAGAAACUGAGAUCACGAGUGGAAGAACUGAAACAGGGACUCAACCAAAAGGAAGAUGAGCUUGAUGAUUCCCUGAAUCAGAUCCGUAAGCUCCAGAGAUAUCUGGAUGAACAGAAAGAAACAAAUGAAAACUUGGAGCUUGAACUCAGGCACUUACAAAACCGGUAAUUAUUUCACAAAAUAUGGUGAAUUCAAGAUUGGGACCUUAGAUGAUGCCUUCCGCUAUAAGACUGAUCCUGCAAAGUUUAAAAGUGGAAUAAAAAAGCUUAAAGACUGUGCAUUUUCUGAUUGUUACCCUGGCUCUGUUCUCUGUUCUACAGAAUUAUUAGCGUCCCAAUUUAAUUAUUUGUAGUUCAUAAAUGUCAAAUAUUGUUGCUCUUCUAUGCAAGGAUUUUAUUCUUCUCAGAUAACCUAAGCAUAUAGGUGAAGUUAUGAUCAAUUAUCAAUUGAGAGUUUCUCUAUUUGUAUGUUUAAUGAUUUAUAUUAGCAUCUCAAUAGUUGACUUUAUUGUUAUGAUUAUAUCUGAUUUUCUAUCCUGUGUUAUGUAGGAUAUUGUAGUUCUAGCAUAUUUAAAUUAUUUUAGCCAUUUUAAUCUGUUUGGAAAAGCAGGUAUACCAUGCAUAUGGCAUUCAUAUGGCAUUUCAUGUUUAUAUAAUAUUCAAAUGACUUUAAACAUGUUUUUAUUUGGCUUUACAAGUUGAAUACAGUUGACUGUGUUUGGUUGUAUAUAUGUACAUUGUUUAACCAAGGUAUAACCAUGGCUUCCAUUUCUCUACUUUUCUAUUUGAUCACUAGAUGCUGAGUUGCACCAACCCAGAGGUGAUUUUGGAAGUUGUGUCCAUGGCACAUGCCAAAUAUGAACAUAAAGCUCACUGUGUACUUGUAAUAUUCUCCUAGAAAGACUCACAAAACCGUAUUUAUAUGGCAAAGUUUGGGGAAAGAAUUUCAUGUUAAGAAUUAGCCUAGUGAACAAGUUAGUCUUUUGUAUUCGUUUCAUACCUGCCAUAGAUAUGUAAUACCAGUACGGCAAGAUGGCCACAACAUGUAACAAUUUUGCAAUGGAAUUUUAAAAAUAGCCUAUUCAAUUCAUUCCUAGUGCUGUCCACUGUACUCAGUGGGUUUCAUGGGAUGGUGUUAUUAUUGCUAUUAUAUAGAUGAGCAAAUGGAGGUUAUUAGAUGUUCUGGAACUCAUUCAGUCUCACAUGGGUAGAACAUUAUGGACCAAGCUUUCAAGACUGUGUCUACCAGAUUCCACAGACCAUUUUCUUCUUACCCUACAGCUCUGAGCCCCAGUAUAAAGACAUUGCCAUAUUUGAAGGAGAAUAGUGGGAAGUUGGAUGCUCAACUUUAUUUUCAAAAGAGGUGCCCCUGUGACAUUGUAACUGCUGAAUUAAGGAAAUCCACUUUUGGAAGGCAGCUAUACUCACUGCUAUACCACCGAAAUCCACUUUGGAUUCAGAAUAUUACAUAAUUAGUGCAAAUAUCUUGUCAUAGAUCUGACCCUCCAGUUAAAGAACUAGACUUGGGUUCUCACCUAUGGUUGUGCUUUUCACUUUGCUUUUAAACCUACAAAAUUUACAUUCCACAUUUAAACAUACAAAAUUCAUAUAGUCUUUCAAAGCUAAGAUUGCAUAAUGAUUUCAUGGCUUGAAAUUUUAAGAAUUACAAUAGAAACAACAGAGACUUCAUGUUUAUGAUUAGUAAUUUUAAUAAGUGUCAUCUUAUCAUUUUAUAUCAUUAUUUCCUGGUGUUUUGUAUUAAUUUGUGUCAGAUUAAUUUUAAUUUUUGAAAUUUCAU